AUGAGGAAUCUGCGGGCGGUCCGACUGGAUGUCUGCGGGGAGGCGGCGGGGGCGACGGCGGCAUGUUGGGACGCAGCGGGCGACUCGAUGAUUGUGGUAUUUGGGCCGACGGCGGAGGAGCCGCGGGUGCGUCUGGCGCGCGUGGACGGGGAAGUGAUGAAGUGCCAUGAGAUUGCCUCGUGGGAGGCUACAAGUCCGCGGCCAGACAUGGUGACCGACCGGGUGGUGGGACUGCAUUACCUGAGCGACCUGGCAACGGCGUGCGUGGUGAUGGCGGGCGGCGACAUCGUGAUGGCGGGCGAGGACGGCGGCGGAGGCGUGCAGGUGGAGAUUGUGGGAUCGGUGGACGCGGGGAUCGUGGCGGCGCGAUGGUCACCAGACGAAGAGGUAUUGGCAGUGGUGACGGGGGGGGGAGAGAGCGAGAAAGAGAGCGGACCGGAUGCGAGAGGGUCUCUCAUUCUGAUGAGCCGUGCCUUUGAGCCGAUUGCGGAAACGGUGUUGACGGCCAUCGACUUGGCCGCGUCCAGACACGUUUCCGUCGGCUGGGGCAAGAAGGAGACGCAGUUCCACGGCCGUGGGGCAGCCAAGGCGCUGCGCGACCCAACCCUUCCGCAGACGGUCGAGGCAGGCGUGCUGAGCCGACACGACGACGGGACAGCCGUGACGGUCAGCUGGCGUGGCGACGGCGAGUACGUGGCCGUGAAUGCGGUCGUGGAGGCGGCAGACGAGGCGAAUGGCCGGGCACGCCGCGUGGUGCGGGUGUUCAGCCGGGCAGGUGUUCUCGACAGCGUCAGCGAGCCGGUGGACGGGCUGACACAAAGUCUGAGCUGGCGGCCAGCUGGAAAUCUGCUGGCAGGCGUGCGAUGGGGACAUGGUGGCUGGAGCGUGGUCUUUUUCGAGCGCAACGGUCUUCGUCACGGGCAGUUUGACUUGCGGGAGCCAAAGACCGAAGGAGACGGAAAGGAGGACGAGACGGAAGGCACACCCUCUCUCGAAUGGAAUGCCGACUCGACCGUGCUGGCGGUUGUCUGGCCGCAAGCCGUCCAGCUCUGGACCACGGCCAACUACCACUGGUACCUCAAGCAAGAGAUUUCGCUUCGGAAAGCGAUCGCCGUCUGCUGGCACGCCGAGAAGCCGCUGCAGCUGCUGGCCGCUGCUGCCGACCGGCUCGUCUCGGCUGUCUUUGUGUUCGCCGUCGUUCGCGGCACCAUGGCCCCGCCUCUCGACCAUGGUGCCGUCGCCGUGAUCGAUGGCCGUUUUGUUUUGCUGACGCCGCUGCGUGUCGCCACGGUGCCGCCGCCGAUGAGCCUGUGUGCGGUGACGGCACGGUGGCCGGCCGUGGACGUGGCGCUAGGACCGGGCGACGGCGUCGUGGCGGUGGCCCAUGGUCAUGGACUGGAUCUUUGGUCGUGGUGGGAGGAGACCAACAAGAAGCAAAAAAACGCCCCACCUGAACCCAUGGCGACGGCCGACUUUCCCGGCUUCACGCCGCUGCAGAUCGCCGUGAUCCACGACGACAAUAGCGACAACCUCUCUGUCUGUGUGCUUGGUCGCGACAGCUCCAACAGCACGGCCGUCGUCACGUUCGCUCUGUCCGCCCGGACGCUGGUCUUGGUGUCGACCGUGGCCGUCUCGGCCGGCUCGACCCUCCUGACCACGACAGCCGCCCGGCCAAAUCGCCUUCACCUGCAGGACAGCAGCGGCUCCAUCGUGCCGCUUGGCUUGCCGCACGUGACCGCGCCCGAGCCGACGGGGGCUAAGCUGCCGGGACAGCUGCCCUGGGCUGAGCUGGUCGAAGCCUCUUCUUCGUCUCCUCUCGUCGUGGGUCUUUCCCGCAACGGCUCCCUCUAUGCCGGCGACCGGCUGCUGGCCCGCAACUGCACCUCCUUUCUGACCACACCCGACCACCUGGUCUUCACCACCGGCAGCCAUCUGCUCAAGCUGGUCCACCUCGAUUUGGCGUCGAGUUCCGAUCUCGUCGUCCCCCUUGACGACCCCGAGACCGACGAGCGCUGUCGCAGCAUCGAGCGUGGUGCCCGUCUCGUCGCCGUCGUCCCGUCCACCUCGGCUGUCGUCCUGCAGAUGCCGCGUGGCAACCUCGAGACGGUCUUCCCACGCGCUCUGGUCGUCGCCAGCAUCCGUCGACACAUCGACACUCUCGAUUACGCCCGCGCUUUUGCCAUCUGCCGCGUCCAGCGCGUCGACAUGAACAUCUUGUACGACCACCGGCCUGCACAGCUUUUGGCGCACGUCGACCGCUUUCUCGCCCAGCUGCCGGACGUCGCCGCCGUCGACCUGUUUCUGUCUGCUCUGCGCGACGAGGACGUGUCCCAGACCAUGUACAAGGACACAAAGGCCGUUGCAGCCACCGGCGUGGCAACCACGCCGUCCGCUUCAUCCAAGGUCAACACCAUCUGUGACGCCGUGCUGGCCAGCCUGCUGAGCAGUCCGGCCGGCCCGACCGCCCAGCAGCUGCAGAACGUGAUCACAGCGCACGUGUGCAAGUCGCCGCCCGCGCUCGAAGACGGGCUGCGAGUGGUGGCGCAGCUUCUGGGGACGACGGCGCGCGACCCGUUGGCCGACCGGGCCGUCGAGCACAUCUGCUUCCUCGUCGACGUGCACCGGCUCUACGACGCCGCCCUGGGCCUGUAUGACCUGGGCCUGGCCAUGGCGGUGGCCCAGCAGUCGCAGCGGGAUCCGCGCGAGUACGUGCCGUUUCUGCAGGCGCUGCACGUGACCGAGCCGGAGCUACGACGCCGCUUUGUGAUCGACGACCAUCUGGGCCGUCACGAGCGUGCCCUGACGCACCUGCAGGCUCUCGGCGACGACGCCUUUGCCGAGCUGCUGGCGUACGUCGACCGCCAUCGGCUGUACCGGCCGGCCUUGGGCCUAUACCGGACGAAGACGGCCGAGCGUGCCCGCGUCACCGAGCGCUAUGCCGCCCAUCUCGAGGCGCAGUCGCGCUUCCGCGAGGCCGCCCUGGCCCACGAGUCGCUGGGGGACGCGUCCGCUCAUCGGGCUGCCGCCGUGCGCUGCUACCGGUCGGCUGGUGCGACUUGCUGGCGUGAGUGCCUCUUCGCGGCCGAGCAGCUGCACGACCGUGCUGCUCUCGUCGACAUUGCCACCACCUUGGCUGAGGCUCUCGAAGAGUCACGUGACUUUGUCGCAGCCGCCACGGUGCAUCGAGAGUACCGGGACGCCGUCGAGGCGGCCGUCCGGUGUCUCUGCCGGGGCCACGCGUUUGCUGAGGCGAUGCGCGUGGCGGUGCGUCACAGCCGGACCGAUCUGCUGGCCACGACCGUCGACGGCGGGCUCGGCGACGCGCUCUCGUCGUCGACCGAGCUCCUGGCCGACUGCCGCGCCCAGCUGCGCGCACAGGUGCCGCGGAUCGUGGAGCUGCGCUGCAAGGCCGCGGCCGAUCCGCUCUUUUACUACGAGGGCGACAGCACGACCGACAAGACGGACAACAACAUGCCCGACGACGUCUCGGUUGCCAGCUCGCGCAUCAGCACCGGUGCCAGCCUCUUCACCCGGUACAGCACGCAGUCUGGCCAGACCAGAGCAACCGGCCAGACCGGCCAGACCGGCCAGACGACCCGCUCGCAGCAGCGCGCCCGCAGGAAGCGCGAGGACAAGAAGCGCGCCCGCGGCCGCAAAGGUACCGUCUACGAGCUCGCCUACCUCGUCGGCAGCGUGCGACGCCUGGCUGAGCGCAUCGAACGCGCCCGCGGCGAGGUCGCCCUGCUGGCUGCCGCGCUCGUGCGCCGCGACAUGGCGGAUCGCGCCCGCGCUCUCGAGGCGCUCAUGGCUGAACUCGUCGCUGCCGGCCAGGGAGCGAUCGCCGAGGUCUGGCCUCCGGACGAACAGCAGCAACAGGAACAGCAGGAACAGCAGGAACAGCAGGAACAGCUCGUCGAUAAGGAGGCUGCACCCGUCAUCGCGCCCUUUCAACGAUUGUCCCUGCUUGGAUAG